CGCCGCCGCCGCCGCUAUCCUCCCGGCGCCCAGUCCCCGUGCGCCCCGAGGAUCCCUGCAGACGGCGUCUGCCUGGACGCCCGCCUUCCACCUGAGCGCGCUUGGCUAGCCUGUGCCGGCCUCCACCUUCGGGUCACCUCCUCUUCCCUGCUCACGCCUCUUUAGUCUUGGCUAGAGUCUGGAAGGCAGGAGAUGCCCAGAGUCUCCGGGGCGCACCCUCCAGCCCCGCUUAGCUGCACCCAUCUUUAGAAGGUGCGCGGGGCAGCCACUCUCGGGCUCCUGCUAAAACAUUCUGUAGCCUCAGUCUUUGCUGAGAUCCCUGACCCAAGCCGUUCUCCGUAGGGGCGAAGGUCUCUGUGGUCUUGUCCCUCAUGGCCAAGGCUCUGCUGCUAGUUCUUUGCUUCUCUCUGAUUGCGGCACGGGUCUGGGGUUCCAGCACUGUCCCCACAGAGACCAGCGAGCCUCCAGAUGAGCAGACGGUGGCUCCCACAGAGGAUGAGAUUCUGCAAAAUGAGGCGGACAACCAAGAGAACGUUUUAUCUCAGUUGCUGGGGGACUAUGACAAGGUGAAAGCCGUGUCCGAGGGCUCAGACUGUCAGUGCAAGUGUGUGGUGAGACCGCUGGGCCGAGAUGCCUGCCAGAGGAUCAAUGAGGGAGCAUCCAGGAGGGAAGACUUUUACACUGUGGAAACCAUCACUUCAGGCUCAUCCUGCAAGUGUGCCUGUGUUGCACCCCCAUCUGCCCUCAAUCCCUGCGAGGGAGACUUCAGGCUCCAGAAGCUACGGGAAGCAGACAGCCGAGACUUGAAGCUCUCCACCAUCAUAGAUAUGCUGGAAGGAGCUUUCUAUGGCCUAGAUCUCCUGAAGCUGCAUUCGGUCACCACCAAAUUGGUGGGGCGAGUGGAUAAACUGGAGGAGGAAGUUUCUAAAAACCUCACCAAGGAAAACGAGCAAAUCAAAGAGGACAUGGAAGAAAUCCGAACUGAGAUGAAUAAGCGAGGCAAAGAGAACUGCUCUGAUAACAUCUUAGACAGCAUGCCAGACAUCCGCUCAGCUCUGCAGAGGGAUGCAGCGGCAGCCUACGCCCACCCAGAGGAGCAGUAUGAAGAGCGGUUUCUGCAGGAAGAAACUGUGUCCCAGCAGAUCAACUCCAUUGAGCUCCUGCAGACUCGACCCCUGGCCCCACCUGAGGUGGUGACGCGGCAGCGACCCCUUCACAGGCAGGUCCAUCUGAGGGGUCGGCCGGCCUCCAAGCCCACCGUCAUCCGGGGCAUCACCUAUUAUAAAGCCAAAGUCUCUGAGGAAGAGAAUGACAUCGAAGAGCAGCAAGAUGAACUUUUCAGUGGUGACAGUGGCGUGGAUUUGCUGAUUGAAGAUCAACUCCUGAGACACGAUGACCUACUGGCCAGUGCCACCCGGAGACCGGCAGCUACCAGUCAUGCCGCUCUUGUAACAACUGACCUGGGCACCCAGACCGCACCCCUGUUCUCAGCACUGCCACAGGCCUCGACCUCAGCACCUGGCCUCACGGAGCCCACUCUCCAGGCCUCCUCUGAACAACUCUCGACCACCCUCCAGGCCACCUCGGUGUUUCCAGACCACAUAGGGGAGCUACCUCCUACUCAGGUGCCACCCACCACUGUGGCCCACACAGCCACCCAGCAGCCUCCAGUCUCGGCUUCUCUGGCCAUGGCUCCGGGAGACAUGUUUGUGGAAGGGAUGCACACAGUCCCAGUGCUUCCCACUACGGUCAGGACAAACUUCCCGGAGAAAGACGUAACUGCUGGGCAGGGCGCAACCCUAGCCAGCCCCACCCUGAGCCCUGAAGAAGAAGAUGACAUUCGGAACGUCAUAGGAAGGUGCAAAGACACCCUGUCCACAAUCACGGGGCCGACCACUCAGAACACAUAUGGGCGGAAUGAAGGAGCUUGGAUGAAGGACCCCCUGGCCAAGGAUGAGCGGAUUUAUGUCACCAACUAUUACUACGGCAAUACCCUGGUAGAGUUCCGGAACCUGGAAAACUUCAAACAAGGUCGCUGGAGCAAUUCCUACAAGCUCCCAUACAGCUGGAUCGGCACGGGCCAUGUGGUGUACAAUGGCUCCUUCUACUACAACCGGGCCUUCACCCGCAACAUCAUCAAGUAUGAUCUGAAACAGCGCUAUGUGGCUGCCUGGGCCAUGCUCCAUGAUGUGGCCUAUGAGGAGGCCACCCACUGGCGGUGGCAGGGCCACUCAGACGUGGACUUUGCUGUGGACGAGAAUGGCCUAUGGCUCAUCUACCCUGCCCUGGAUGACGAGGGCUUCAGCCAGGAGGUCAUUGUCCUGAGCAAGCUCAAUGCUGUGGACCUGAGCACACAGAAGGAGACCACGUGGCGCACAGGGCUGCGGAGGAAUUUCUAUGGCAACUGCUUUGUCAUCUGUGGGGUGCUGUACGCCGUGGACAGCUAUAACCAGCGGAAUGCCAACAUCUCCUAUGCUUUCGACACCCACACCAACACACAGAUCGUCCCCAGGCUGCUGUUUGAGAAUGAGUAUUCCUACACUACCCAGAUAGACUACAACCCCAAGGAUCGCCUCCUCUACGCCUGGGACAAUGGCCAUCAGGUUACCUACCAUGUCAUCUUUGCCUACUGACACCCUUGUCCCUGCAAAAAGAAGCACAGGGGGCCACUUGCACCGUGUGUGUGUGUGUGUGUGUGUGUGUGUGUGUGUGAGUGUGAGCACGUGGACGGGUGUUGUUUAAAAAUAUAUAUUAUUUUGUAUAAUAUUACAAAUGUAAAAUGACAGUUUGGGUCUAUUUUUUUUAUAUGGAUUGUAGAUCGAUCCAUACGUGUAUGUGCUGGUCUCAUCUUCCACAGUUUAUAUUUUUGUGCAAAUGAACUUCUCCUUUUGACCAGUAACCACCUUCCUUCCUGCCCUCCACCCCUCCAGCUCCCAGAUCCCAACAGUCCAAAGGUCUCUUAGUCUGGCUCUUGUGGACAGACUACCAGGAGUAGGAAUGAAGGAGGCAAGAAAGAAGUGCUCAGUGGCGGGAAAAAAGUUUUAUGUAUUGGAGAAGUUUUAAAAACACAGAAAAAUGCUUUUUUUUUUUUUUAAUAAAGAAGAAUUUUAAAAUC